AUGAAUAAGCAAUCCGAUACAAAACCUUAUGGUAAUAAAAUAAAAAAUAAAUUCCAGGCAUUUUUUUACAAAAAUAAAUACUCCAAUGUAAAGACUGGGCAUAAUCAUCCUCACCAUGGAAAUGAAAAUUCAGAAAAUCGAAAUAAUGGGAUUGGAAAUGAAAAUGGAGUUAAUGACAAUUUCAAUGAUAUAUUCAACCAAAGUAAUAAUAAUUUUUUUUACAAAAAAAAACAUUCUGUACAAAGCCAAAUAAAUAAUAACAAAAACACAGAUACUAAUAAAAAAAUUGGAAAUAAUGAUACAAAUAAUUAUGAGACUAACACAAAUGUUAUGGGAUAUAACGAUGAACUAUAUCAGUAUGAUAAAAAGAAAGAAAGAAAUCGAACUAAUGAAAUGGCAAAGUAUUGCUUAGAUUUUAAUAAUAAUGAUAAUAAAACAAGUAUAGAACAUAUAAGUAAUUCAAAAAUAAUUCAAAAUAAUAAUCAUAGUAGAGUUGUUGUUACAAAUAGUAAUACUAAAGCAGGAUAUAACAACAACAACAAUGUUAGCCAAAGAAAUGAAUUAAAAAAUAAUAACUAUGAUGAAUAUUUUAAUUAUAUGCAUGAACCGACUAAUAAUCAAAAUGUAACAGAUAAUGGUGACACAUCAGGAAAUAGAAGUUAUGAAAAUUAUGUAAAUUAUAAUACAUCAAAAAAUGUAAAUAAAUUUUUUGAUAUAAAUGAUAAUUCAACAUGUAUAAAUAUUUCAGGACAAAAAAAAAUUAACUACUAUAAUACUAUCAAUGAUUCUAUAGAUGGGCCUAAUCGAAAUUUAGUAAAUAGAUCUGCCGUUUUAUAUGCAGAUAUAAAUGACAAAUUAGUUAGUACAAAUAGUGGUGAAAACAAUUCAAAGAAUAAUCAUAAAAAUUUACAAACUAAUGAUAAAAAGAAUGGAAUGCUACAUAUUGUAAAUGACAAUGCUAGACAAGGUAAUGAACAAACAACUGGAAAUAGAUGUCUAACUAAUCAUUUAAAUAAUCGAAGAAGUAAAAAUGGGGUCACUACAAAUGUUCAUGAAAAUUAUCGACAAAGUGAAAUUGAAUGUAACUUAGAUAAUAUAAAUAAUGUUGAUGAAGAUACUUUAAAUUCAGUAAAAGGAAGAAGACUUCAUAAUGAUCGAAGUAUAAGUGGAUGUAGUAGUCACAACAGUGUAUAUAACCUGAAAAAUGCAAACCCUAACAAUGCAUAUAAAACAAACAGCCUAACAAAGGAAGACCCAAAUAAUGUUAGAAGAAAAAAUGAUAGCUCAUACAACUUUGACGAUAUAAAUAGUAGUAAAAUUUUAAAUAAUCAAAAUGGAAAUGCAUAUAAUAUUGCUUACAUGUUUAUAUAUCAAUAUUACUACGUUUUGCAUACUAAAAAAGAAAUGAUGUAUAAUUUCUACUCGGAAAAUGCAAUACUUUUGUUAAGUUAUAAUAAUAAAAAUAUUGAAGAAGAUGAUGAAGAAGAUGAAACACGAAAUAGUAAACAAAAUCAUAGUAGUGGAAAUAGAAAAAUAGAUAAUAAUACAUUCUUUAAAUUAGAUGAUAUAAAUAUUGAAGGAAGCCAAAAAAAUGAAAAUAUGAUUAAGUUAAAAAAUAGACAAAUGAUAUCAGAAUAUUAUAAAUAUAUUGAUGUAAAUGAAUGUAUUGUUCAUAUUAAAUCUAUUGAAGUUAUUAAUUUACAUGAUGAAAUAUAUAUGUAUAUUUAUGGUAAAAUUAAUAAAAGUAAAACUUCAAAAGUUUAUCAUUUUUUUGUACAAAAUAUUCAUUUACAUAAAUAUAAUGCUUAUCAAUAUUAUGUAGAUGUAGAUUUUAUACACUACUAUAAUACAUAUGCAUAUACUCUUGAUGAUACUUUUCUUGAAUGGAAUGCCGACCCUCAACUAGCAACUUAUGAUGAUACAAAUAACGAAGACAAAAGAAAUAAAGCAAAAGGAAGACAUCCAAUAAAUGGAACACCUAUUCAUCUAUCUAAAGAAGAUAGUUUAAAUAAUCAAACUAAACAAAGUUAUAACAAAGGAAUUAGAGAUCCAUUACUAUUUCAAGGAGUUGAAAAAAAUGAACAAGGCAAAGAAUAUGGAACAGGAAAUUAUUAUGAAAAUUGUGAAGAAGAUGCAGAACAUAAUAAUAAUAGUAGUGCCAGCACAUCUAUACCAGAUGAUCAAAGAAAAUUAUUUACUGAAAAUAAUAUUAAUAAAAAUAUUGAAAAAGAAGGAAAAAAAAAUAGUAAUAAUACUUGUCUUGUUACAGUACAACAAAGUGGUGAUGAUGUUUUACUAACUAAUGAAACAAAAUAUGCAAGUAAUCAAUGUCUAAUUAAUGCUAAAGAUAAAAACAAUGCCAAUCAAAACUUAAGAAGUUAUAGUAGUGAAAUAGCCCAAGAACCUGAUGCUAAAAAUAAUACAAAACAGGUGAACACUACUAAUCCUAUAGUUAGUGGAAAUAAAUUAGAAAAUAAUAAAAAAACUCAAAAAAGUGAGCAAAAAGUAUGGAAUGUAGAAAAAGGUACAAAUGAACUUCCAAAAAUGGAAAACAUUUUAAAAGAAGAAGAAAAAAAAAAAAAUGAAAAGAAAAAAGGAAAAAAUAAUAAAGUCGAUCCAAAUAGUUGGGUAUUCAGGGUUAUGAAAAAUAACCAACCUGAUGCAACAUCUAAUAACAAUGAUUCAAAUGAUAAAGCAGUAAAUAAUAAAGAAAAUGAAGCUGGAAAAAGUAAAGGAAAAAAAAAUACAGAAAAUAAUAAGCAUGGUGAAUAUAAUAAUAUUGUAACUGAUAAUAGUGGAAGUGAUGCAAACUUAUCUGCUAGUGAAGAAGAUGAAAAGGAUGUAAAUAAUGAAAUAAAUGUUGUUGAUAAAAAAAUUAUAAUUCAUAAUAUUCACAAAAGUAUGGAUAAAAAAAAAAUAAAUGAUUGUAUUGUAGAUAGAUUGAAAGACUAUAAUGAUGGUCAUGCUGUACAAAUUGAUAUAUACCAAAGAUCAGCAAAAAAAAUGUUCCCUAAUACAUAUAAUUAUCAAAAUAAUUAUGAUAAACUUUCGGAAUAUUCUUAUGCCAUAGCUGAACUAGAUUGUCGACAAAGCCAACAAAUUUUACUUGAUGUAGGUUUAUAUUGUAAUGGAAUAAAAUUAAAUAUCGAACAUUUUAGAGAGAAAAAAAAAACAGAUAUAAAAAGAUUUAGUAAAAGGUUUAGCAAUUUUAAUACUAAUCUAGAUAUAAACAAAGGAAAAGAUUACAAAUUUAAAGGUAUGCAUUACCGAGCAUCAAUGACAACUCCUAUACCCAAAUCUACCCCUUUCAAAGGAAAGCGCGAAAAUAUUUUUGUAAAAUAA